GGCAUUAGUAGGAUCCGACCUAUCGUAGCAACAGCCUGAUUUCUAGUUUAAAAUUCAAAUUCAAUAAGUACCUUACUUUCUAUCUUAUCAUAUUAAUUUAGAUAAUAAGUGAAUCAAUUAUUUUAUCUUUUCGAAUGCACGCUGCAACUAUCGACAUAUAAACGGCACUCGUAGUGUAAAGAACACAGUACCUAUCAUCAGAAUAAUUUACAUUAUUAUUUUUUCACAAUGUUGGAACCGUUGUUGCAUAUUUUGAACGAGAAGAAAAUAGUUCUUGCUAGUGGAGCCCCGAACAAAAAACAAUUCUUUGACAACAUUGGUUUGAAAGUUGAGGGCUGCGCUUCAACAUUUGAAGAAGAUUUGGAUCCAAGUAAUUUCAAAACCUUCGCUGAGUUCGUUGAAGAGACCGCAUUGCAGAAGGUGCUCGAAGUGGAAGAGAGGUUAAAACGCGAAAACCGAGCAGCUGACCUGGUGAUCGGAGCCGAUACCAUGGUUACGAUUGACAACCAAAUGUUUGGGAAACCAAAAGACGUGGAAGACGCCAUCAAGACGCUCAAGCGUCUUUCAGGGAAGUCGAAUGUGGUGCUGACUGGCGUCGUGGUGAAACCUCGGGGCAAAGACCCUAUCAAGUUCACACAAUCAACCGAAGUAUUCUUCGACGCGAUGACUGAUGCACAAAUAAGAGGAUACGUCGCUACGAAGGAACCAAUGAGAAUGGCAGGCUCGUACGCGAUCCAAGGGAAAGGGGGCAGCUUUGUGAAGCGCAUCGAAGGCGACUACUCCAACGUCAUCGGGAUGCCUGUGAACGCCGUGUGUCGGGUCCUAACUCAGUUGUACGGCAAUUAGGGCGGAGAGCGAAAAAGGACAGCGCGUCACAUAUCUGCCAUCCGCAGAAUAAAUAAAUAAUAAAUAAAUAGUUUAUUCAUUAAAAUAAGAGCAUUAAAAGUAAGUAGUAGUAGUAUGUUAGAGUUUACAUCCUACACUAGUAUUAGGUAUAUUAUCUGUGAUACUACUAAAAUUAUAAAGGCGAAAGUUUGGAUG